GCCGGAGUACGCUAGCUUGCGAAAUCGCUCGGAGCGGCAGCCGUCGGUUCGGACGCAUCGCCGGAAGCUAGCAGACCCCAGCGCGAGCAGGCUGUGUGGCGCUGGGCAGCUUUUGCAGUCCCAUAGGCAGGGGGCAGCCGCGCACGCACCGCGGUACGGGCAACACCGCCUCCCCACGCCGCCGACGCGCGCGCACCGCGGUGUUCGGGAACUCCAAAGCCGCAGCGACCACAGGAGGCAGCUUGGAGUGCCUCCUCACACGCCUACCGACGCGACCCGCCGCGGGGCGGCACCGCCAAGGCACCAAAAAUGCCACUAGAGCUCCACUUCCCCCGUCUCUUGGAGGGCGGCGGCCACGCCGUCGCCCCUGGUGUCAUCCUGCCGCCGGGCAUGAAGCUGCGGAAUCCCGCCUUCCUCAAACCUCGACAUUUCCGAAGCACCCUCACCGAAACUCUACUCGUGUGGGACGUCUCGGGUGGUCAAGAUAGAAUCGCUCUAGGGAGGAAGGUCGAAGGGCUGUGGGUGAGGUGCCAGACGUUUCGCAAGUGGGCGAAAGUAGUAUACGCAGCAAAUGUCAGAAGAGCGCGAAGACUGCGAGCGUCACACAUCCGAUUCGCCGUCGCGGUGCCCUCGGGCGCGAUGAUGACGCUGAAGCUGUCACCCCUGGACCAGGUCGGCCGCGUCAAGGUCUUAAUAUCACAACGAAAGCCGGCGCUGAUGACGAAGAAACUGGCGAAGUACGUCGUGAUGCUCGACGGCGUCGCGUUAGAUGAUUGGUUGACCUGCCACGACGCGGGGGUCCGCGAGGCGUCUUCUUUAGUAGUGACGGCUCGGGCCGUCGGUACUGAUGAUGAUGUCCCGCCCCAGCCGCAUUUGGUCUCGACCGGCGCUGGUGCUUUGUCACCGAAGACCGUGCGGAUGGCGAUGAUGGCCUACGGCUCGCUAGCCACUCCCAAAAAACCGGAGGAGGAGCACAAGAUCCAUCCGGGCUGGCGUCCUCGCGCAAGGUUAGGCAGGCAGUUUCCUUCGGACUCUCCGAAAAAAGGCCCAGUCUUGGCGCCGACGUGCCCCGCGGCGCCGGACUCGCCCGAGGCCCGCGCGCGGUAGUGCGUGUAAGGGUUGUGUGUUGU